AUGUGUAUUUUACUAACCUUGUCUAAGGUAUCUGUUCUACAAUUACAAAUAUUUCAGAUUUCUAUCGAUGAAUGCAUUCAAAGUCUUACUCAUAUCAAGACAUGCCAUAACUCCCUGGAAAAGCCCACCUAUCUUCAAAGGUUACCCAUAGAUUUGAAUGAUGGAUGCUUCAAGGGGCACCAUUCAGUAUCUAAACUGCACUGUGAGACAGAGUUCACAGGAGUGAAAAACAAGUUCAUUGAUGCAGUUAUUGGGAACAUUAAACAAAGGUUUCCGGAAACAGAUUUCCUUUGUUAUUUUUCUUUUCUGGCUUUGAGACCUGUAACAUUUCUCGAUGAUAAUGGAUUGGCUGACUGGGGGAACUCAGAAAUAAAGAGCCUUGCUGAGUUUUAUGGCACUGAGCAGUCGCACAGUUUCAAGGAUCCUGAAACUAAUUUGCAGAAAACAGUUAUCUCUGAGCCACUCAUUGACAAAGAAGAAACAAUGACGGAAUGGUUGACUCUGAAGAAAAUAGUUAAAGCCCAGCAGUAUCCCAGACCUUCCAUGGCUUCACUAUGGUCCCUCAUAUGCCAAUAUCAUUCGGAGCAGUUCCCCAACUUGAGAAGAUUAGCUGCCAUAGCUCUUGGCCACCCUAUCCAUACAGCAGACUGCGAACGCUCUUUCAGUUCACAAAAUCUUGUUACCACUAAGUUGAGAUGUCGCCUUUCGGGUGAACAUAUUGACGAGCUUAUGCGAGUCAUGUUGGAGGGACCAUCCCUUCAAAAUUUUGAUUUUGCUUCAGCCUUAACUGACUGGAGAAAUGCUAAAUGCAGAAUCAUUUUCAACAAAUAAAUUUCAUGAAUGAUACCCUCUAAAAUGUUUUUAUUUACAGUUUAAAACACCCCAAAGCCUAUCACCAUGAAAAUCCAGAGUGAUCCCUGCUGAGAUGAAAUUUAAUAAAAAAAAAAAACUUCUUUUAUAUUUAUAUUAUUCAUUUUAUUUAAAAAAAAACUCAAAUUGGUUGUGUCAGAAAUGCAUUUAAAAACCCUCAAAGACCCAUCAAAUUUACUUGAAAUUCAUCACAAAAUAGCAUGGAAAAUCAAUUUUUCACGGGGGGCUUCGCCCCCCUGGACCCCCUACCGGGGCGUUGCCCCUGGACCCCAAUGGGGGCCUAACGCGGCCCCCAUACCCCCGGCGGAUGACCCAUGGAUUUUAAUGUUGAUGGGC